CACACUGUAGCCUGGCCAGUCAUGAAACUGGCUUUCAAAGCUUCUCUCAGGCACAGCACGCCCUGCACCUGGAGCUGCAGCUAGCGAGAGAUGUUAAGAGUAACAAGAAGGGUUUCUUCAGGUAUGUUGGCAACAAGAAGAAAGCCAAGGAAAGUGUGGGCCCCUUAAUGAAUGAGGGAGGCAACCUAGUGACAGAGGAUGUGGAAAAAGCUAAUGUACUCAAUGCUUUUUUUGCCUCUGUCUUCACGAACAAGGACAUCUCCCAGACUGCUGUGCUGGGCAUCACAACAUGGGGAAUAGAUGGCCAGCCCUCUGUGGAGAAAGAGGUGGUUAGGGACUAUUUAGAAAAGCUGGACGUGCACAAGUCCAUGGGGCCGGACGAGUUGCAUCCAAGAGUGCUAAAGGAACUGGCGGCUGUGAUUGCAGAGCCAUUGGCCAUUAUCUUUGAAAACUCGUGGUGAACGGGGGAAGUCCCAGAUGACUGGAAAAAGGCUAAUGUAGUGCCAAUCUUUAAAAAAGGGAAGAAGGAGGAUCCUGGGAACUACAGGCCAGUGAGCCUCACUUCAGUCCCUGGAAAAAUCAUGGAGCAGGUCCUCAAAGAAUCAAUCCUGAAGCACUUACAUGAGAGGAAAGUGAUCAGGAACAGUCAGCAUGGAUUCACCAAGGGAAGGUCAUGCCUGACUAAUCUAAUCGCCUUCUAUGAUGAGAUUACUGGUUCUGUGGAUGGAGGGAAAGCAGUGGAUGUAUUGUAGCUUGACUUUAGCAAAGCUUUUGACACGGUCUCCCACAGUAUUCUUGUCAGCAAGUUAAAGAAGUACGGGCUGGAUGAAUGCACUAUAAGGUCCUUUGGUUCUGCCCUUGGUUACGUGAGUCAAUGGAAGCUACACCUGUGUAACUGAGAACACAACUGGACCUUCCUUAUGGAGCAGUGCUUCUGUGCAAUGUUCCACUGGCAGCUGCUACGCUCCAUACCAGCACCCAGUUCAAGACCAGGGCAAGGCGGAAAGGAUUAUGCAUUUGUAGUAGUGCCUGAAGGGCCCAAGCUGAUGUGGGGCCUCCUUGUGCUAAGUGAUUGUGCUAGGCGCUGCACAUACAUAGAAUUGAAGAUUCUCCCUGCCCCAGCAAAUUUACUGGCAUAAAGACAAGAUAGACAACAACAACAACAAAAAGUUAAAGCAGCAUAUGAUGGGGUACACACAUCCCACACUGGAAAGGAAGGGGUUGAAGAUCUGCUCUGAGCCCACCCCACCACACCAGCAAUCCAUGCACAGAAUGGAGACAAAGCUUAAGAAGGGAGCGGAACGGAGGCAGGCAGCCCGUGGAGGUGAGCUGACCUACACUCUGAAGCUCUGCAAAAGGAGUGCUGUGGGAGGCCCAACUACCAGGUCCCCUGAUUAUUGAUGGUCUAGUUGCCCUGCUGAGGGAAGAGGACUCCAGACAUUUGCAAGGUUGGAGACUUUGAUUUAUUUUGUUUACAAGCCUUUGUUUUUCCCUCUUGCAUGGGGAGGAAGUGAUCUGGGCAAGUAGACACCUAGCUUUGGGUCAGAACCCAGGGAAGAGGGUGGGUCUGGGUUCCCCUACCCACCCCUGAUGGGGCGGGAGGCAAAAAAUGUGUCCCUCAUAGUAAAGACUCAGGACUAGGAAAACCCCCAUCCUAGAGAGUCCAGGACUUUGGCUAGAUGAAGCUUGAAGCCCAUUGCUGGGCAUUGCAACUAGGCCUUUGUUGGACUCUUUAUAUACCCUGGAAGCAGUGAACAGAACUUGUGGCCCAGCUGGAGGGCCGAACCACAGAAGGGGACAGACCACCGCAGGGCCAGAAUGGCUAUUAAUGGGGGCAUUAAGACAGAAAAGCACCUGUUGUACCCUCACCCAACCACUAGGCAGUGCCUGUGGGGAACAGACCCCUUCACACAGUACAACCCUUCCUCGAUUACACAGUUAUAUCAGUAUAAAUUAUCAGUGUUGCUAUUGUCAUAUAGAAAUGGUAAUAAGCUAUAUCAAUAUAAACCACCUUUAUACUACUUUAAUUGAUUCCAUGCUAGUAUACUUCCAGUACAAUGUGGUAGGGCACCUCCUUCACCUUGCCGGGUGCAGUGGUUCCCCCUCUGGUGGUGGCAACCUGUGGUAAGUCAUUCCCACUCUGGAGAGUUUUUAUUCCUCACUUAGUGUUUUUAUUCCUCCAUAUUUACAAGGUAGGCCUCAGGGUAGGCCCAAGAGAAAAGUAUAUAACACAGAAAGGGGACUGUCUCCUGCCCCAUGUUGACUUGUUAUGUUGGCCUCUGGUUGCUUCCCCUCUAGGAAGGGGAGCCACCUUCCACUCAGAAGACACCUUUCCCCCUGCUGCUACUUGCCCUUCUGCAAAUUAUCUCCUAUCUCUCCCCCUUCCUGCUCUUGCCAGAAGAGGGCUUUUAAAGGUCACUGGCAGCGCUUAACUGGGCUCAGGUGUCUCUAGUUAACCUGAAGUAACCCUUUUUUAGUUCGCAGGGAAGAGGGCCUUCACCAUUCUAGGACUCGCAUACUGCUUUCCACUGCUGUCUUGGGGGUGUGGAGCUACCGCUGCUGAGCCUAGAGCACCCUCUUCAGCUUUCACCUAGGCCAGCCCCUCCAUGCUAUCUUACUGGCUGGUGGUCCCCCUGGUUGCUGCUGUGCCUUUGGGGGGGCCCUGCUGGCUGCUCCCCAGAGGAGGAGCAAGGGCCCUGCCUCUGCUGUUGAUACCCCCUUGAGGGGUCCCUCCUGGCUGUCUGACUGCUGAUUCUGCUGCGUGGAAGCCUGCUGCUGCCCUAAGGAGGAAGACCUUUACUGCUGGGGAGCAUGCAGGAACGCUGCAGGACACUGUGGAGGGGGCCUACUGUAGGGCUGAGUGACUUUUUCCAUCUUUGCUCUCAUGGUGGUGGUAGCUACUGUUGCUAUGGGGAGAAGGGGGAGUGGCGUGGAGCCCUCUGCCUGGUCUAUCUACCCUUUCCCCACCAGCUACCAUCUGCUUCCAAUCCUCACCCCUCUACUCAGUGGCUUGCCUCGCCCUUCUCCACCAUCUGGGACUAUUACAGCAGCUGCUACAGACUGAGCUCACAAGCACAUGUGGUUGCAUGUGUCUUUCCCCCUCCCCUCCCCUCCUCUGCUGCUUCUGCAGGUGGGCUUCCCCCACCCUCUGCUUUGCCCACCGGCCUUCCCAGCAGCAGUUUACCCCUUGCCCUGGCUGUUUGUCUGUAUGCCUGUCCCUGGGUGUUUGCUAGUUUUGCCUGCCCUGCCCCUUGCAGCUAGCCCCUGUGGGUUUCCUACCUUGGCCCUGGUCUGCUUCUAGUCUCUCCCUUUCUCCCCUCACCUUCCGCUGUCCCCAUCUUGUUCAACUCCCUCACUCCAUGCACCCAUGCCCCCCCCACACAUUUGUGCCCCUUUCUGUUUUAUGUUGAACCCCUAAAGUCCUUGGAGGACCUGGGUGAAUGGGUGGUUUUCACCAUUGUCCUGCCCUUCCUUCCCAAUGCUGCCCUUUUGCCCUCCUUUCUGCCCAGGAGAAGCCCCUUUCAGUGAUCAUCCCUCUCCCUCUAGACUGCAAGGACCUUGCCCUCUGUUACACCCUCUUGUUCCGCCGGUAGGCGCAGAUUCAGCGGCUGGUGGUAGUGUGUGAUGGAGAGGUACUCAAGGAGUCCUUUUUGCAGGGGGUCUGGUACCAGGUGUACUACUUUUUGGAGGAGGCCCAGUGUUACCUCUACUGGGCAACAGGGCACGUCUGGAGGGACUGCCCCCUCGCCCAGCAUGGAGGGAUGCCUGGGACUCCCAAGCCCCAGGAGGGAGCUAGCCUUGUCACUGUCGGUGACCCUGCUUACCCGGCUCCCAUAGUCACCCCUCCUCCUCCCCAGCCUGCCAUUGCCUCUGCUCGGGCCCUGGGGGUGGCUCCCAUGGUGUGCCCAGAUGAGCAGGCGGGCCCUACCUCUGCCACGUGCAGUUCAGUGGGACCCACAGAGGAGAAGGCAGCAGAGCAUGGUAGAAGGCCCACCCCUGGAAGUUUUCCCUUCCCCACACUGUCGUCCACCCCCAUUACCUCCCCAACUCUUGCUACCAUUGCCUUUACCCCCUAGCCCCACCCCUGCUGGCCAGCCCUCUACUAACACCUUGGAGGGCUGGCAAAAGGAAGGCACAGGCUCAGCACCUCCGCCUUUAUGCAGAGGGUGAGGAGGCCCACUGCAAGACCAGAAGGGGGGCCGCUGCUGUCAAGCCUUCCCUCACGUCCCCUGAUAGGGCACAACAACGAGAGCCAGCUGGGGAAGUUGUGGCAGCAACGAGAGGAGGUACUGCCCCACUUCUGGAGUCCAUUCUUGUGGAAGCCUCAGCUGGAGCCCCCACAUCCCUUUGUUAUCUGCCCGCCCCCCAGUCGGCACUGAGGUGUUCUCCUUCCUCAGCUCCUCAUGAGUGCCUAGUCCUGGCCAGGGACUUCAACACCAUCCUUGAAGAGAAGGACCACUCUGGGACCGAGCAGUGCCCGGCUGCCUCGGAGGCCCUCUGGGAGACUGUAGACCAUCCCUCCCUGGUGGACGUGUGGCAUGACCACCAUCCAGACAAUGAGUCUACUUUUACUUAUGUCUGGAUAGAGGCAGACCGGUCGUGCCACUCCCAGUUGGAUCUCAUUUAUUUAUCUCGUCGUCCUCUUUUGCAGGCCCACUCCUGCAGCAGCCGUCUGGUCCUGUUCUUAGACCAUCAUCUGAUGGCUGUGGCAGCCUCUCUGACUUCAGAGCGGUUGGGGCUGGCCUAUUGGCACUUUAACAAUAACCUGCUGGGCAUUGUGGCAUCCUUCCGGGAGUUCUGGCUGGCCUGGCGAGGGCAGAGGUGCGCCUUUCCCUUGGCCCAGUGGUGGUGGGAUGUGGGGAGGUGUGCGCCCGGCUCUUCUGUCGUGACUACGCCUGUGGCACCAGCUGGUGGAGGGCUGUGGUGAUGAAGCAGCUGGAGCAGGAGGUCUUGGAGCUGGAGAGGCAUCUGGCCGCCAGCCCCAGGAAUUUAUCCAUCUGCGGAGUGGCCUUCUAUAACACCAGGGAGAGGAUGUUGGCUGAGGGGGUUCUUUGUGACUGUGGGGCCUAUUUCUGCUCACGUAUCCGGGCAGAGUUCCUCUGGGCAGCAUCUGCUGGCUCCCUUGACACCUUCGAGGAGCAGUGGAUGCUGUCUGGGGUUCUCUGCUCAGUGUCCCUUUCAGGUUCCCUAUUUUUGAUCUUUUGACCCUCACACCUGUUCUUACUUUUUUUUCUGUUGUCCCCAUACUUACUUGUGUCCCAGGCUCAGUGGAUCCUCCCCAUAGGCUGGGGGAGGGUCUUUUAGCUGUGGGCGGGCUUGUGCCCGUCCACUUCCCACAACCCAAUAGGACUACUCUCUUGUAUCUGCCAGGACCGACUUUGUCACAAUAGCUGUAUUGGUUAAAAAAAAAAAAAAAAAAAAUCAUAGCCCUAAUUGACAUAGUUGUACUUGUACAAAAACAGCGUGUGGACAAGCUGUGAUGCUGUAUGAUUAAAAUAUGACCAUUUAUGUCAUUAAUAUUGCCACUGUUUGUACAAGAUUUGUUACAAUUGUCUAAGUAUGUCCAGUAAAGUUUCAAUGGAAAAGUUACAAUCUAUCAAAUAUGAUUAUCCUGUUUGUACACAUGUAUCAUCUUUGUAUCUAGAGUUAUGAAUAUUGACUAUGUACCAGUAUUUCAAAUGUGUGUGCUCCUGGGGGUAACACCAGUUUACAUCCCCGUCUAGCCAGCACAUUGUGAAUGGACCAUUCAAGUUGAUGGCCGAUUAAAUAACACAAUGGGCCAUAGAAGAAGCUUGUUUCCCUCCCCCCCCAGUGAGCCUUCCUCUGGAUGCUUUAGCCAGAAUAUGGGUAAUAGCUGCUUCUAUGAGUCAUAAAAGCAUGCAAGGGCAUGUGACUACUCAUGUGAACCUGGAUGGACUCCAUCUUGUGCCUGUAAUUUUCCACACACUAAGGCUGAGAGCAUUCCAUCCACAUGGAUUGGCAACAGAGUGAUUAUUGGGUAAGAUCUGAGUUAUAUUGACCUGGUUAGGUGGCUGAUCUUUUGAGAUCAGAAGAGCUCUUUGUUUGAUGAAAUUGGUUUUCAGUAACCACUCAUCAGAAAGUCUAGUGUCUGGGUGGUGAAAUAAGGGCUGGAAUGCCUAAGGAAACUGCAUUUUUUUGCUUCUUGUUAACCAGUGUGGUGAGACAGAAGUUUUACUUUUGUUUCUGGCUUGGUAUAUCUAAUAGAAUAAUCACCCAGUUUGGGAUGAAUCUGCCCUAUUUCUCAGCAGUUUGUCCUGAACCUGGAAUCCUCAGCUGUGACCCACUGAGGCACGGUGACACGAGGAUCAACAAACUCAUUUUGAUUACAUGUAUUUGUAAAUUCCUUUGGAGAUAAACAAAUGUAUGUAUCAUAUCCGAGAUCCUCUUGGAAUUAGUUGAGUGGGGUUUUUUGUUAUAAUAAUGCUUAGCAACUCAACAGUGUCUUCCAUCAUAUGAUAUCAAAGAACUCUUGUAAACAUCAAUGAAUAUAGUCUUUCAAUGCUUAUUUACUGUACAAGGGUACAAUAUUAUCAGUAUUAUUCCUUUUAAAGAAGACUGGACAAGCCACUUAUCCUUUUCUGGUCUCAAAGUAAUGUAGGAAGUCUAUGGCAGAGUUGGGAAUAUAACCUAAGUGUCUGGAUUCCCAUUCCUGUGUCUUAAACACAAGACAAUCCUUUUCUCCCCAUUAGCAAUAUCUUUGCACAUUCUGCAUUGAUGUUUGGUGAACACAGUAGAUUCAGUAUAAUUCUUCUGAGACUAGGAAAGCCUGGGGUGAUUUAGCAGUGAUACUUCACCCAGCAUUCAUCUAGCUUUGUUUAGUUUUUGGGUGACUCUCAGCAUCUCUGGGUGACUUUCAGGACAAGCCAGCAGCAAAGUAGUUACUCACAUCUUCCAUAUUUUGUAUGAAGUUUAGCCAGCCCAUAAAGCAGCUCCCUGCAGUGCUCAUCUCCAGAUCUGAAUUGGUAACUUUAAGGUUUAUAAAGAAAGUGUCUGAAUGGGAAAUUCAUUCUUACCAUUAGCAGCAAUUAGAGCUUUCUGGAGGAUGAUAAUUCUAUUUUACAUCAACUUUUGAGGUUUCUAAAUUUGUUUUUGUUCCAAUGUGGAACAAAAUGUUUUACAAAAAUGGAAUUAUAGUGAAAUGUCUGUUUUCAGGUCAAAACCUGACCUUGCUGAUUUCCGGAUGUGAAGAAGUGUGUCACUCUAAAGCCUCAUGGUUAGGGCACUGGCCUAUGAUGUAGGAGAUUCAGAGCAGUUUUUCAUCCCAGAUCACUCUGAAUCACCCAGAGCAGGGUGAUUCACCACAUCCCAGGCCAGUUUCCUAAGCACAAGGCUAUAGCGUGUCAAAGAAUAUUUCUCUCUCCCAUACCUGAGAAACAUUUUGUUGAAACCUAUACAUCUCCAUGGAAUGUUUCAGCUUUGAUGAAAAUGUUUUGUCAAAACAUUCUGACCAGCUCUAGCAGCAACACAGAACUAAUUGCUUUAAAGAAUCUAUUCUCAGUCAAUAUCUAAGGGUAUGUCUACACUAUGGAAUUAGGUCGAAUUUAUAGAAGUCAGUUUUUUAAAAAUCUGUUUUAUAUAUUCGAGUGUGUGUCCCCGCACAGAAAAUGCAUUAAGUGCAUUAACUCAGCGGAGUACUUCCACAGUACCGAGGCUAGAGUUGACUUCUGGAGUGUUGCACUGUGGGUAGCUAUCCCACAGUUCCCACAGUCUCCGCUGCCCAUUGGAAUUCUGGGUUGAGAUCCCAAUGCCUGAUGGGGCUAAAACAUUGUCACGGGUGGUUCUGGGUACAUAUCGUCAGGCCCCCCUUCCCUCCCUCCCUCCGUGAAAGCAAGGGCAGACAAUCGUUUCACGCUGUCAGCGUGGUCACAUGAGUGAUCAGGACACGGACACAGAUUUCUCUGAAAGCAUGGGCCCUGCCAAUGCAUGCAUCAUGGUGCUAAUGGGGCAGGUUCAUGCUGUGGAAUGCCGAUUCUGGGCUCGGGAAACAAGCACAGACUGGUGGGACCCCAUAGUGUUGCAGGUCUGGGACAAUUCCCAGUGGCUGCAAAACUUUCGCAUGUGUAAGGGCACUUUCAUGGAACUUUGUGACUUGCUUUCCCCUGCCCUGAAGCGCAUGAAUACCAAGAUGAGAGCAGCCCUCACAGUUGAGAAGCGAGUGGCGAUAGCCCUAUGGAAACUUGCAAUGCCAGACAGCUACCGGUCAGUUGGGAAUCAAUUUGGAGUGGGCAAAUCUACUGUUGGGGCUGCUCUGAUGCAAGGAGCCCACGCAAUCAAAGAUCUGCUGCUAUCAAGGGUAGUGACCCUGGGAAAUGUGCAGGUCAUAGUGGAUGGCUUUGCUGCAAUGGGAUUCCCUAACUGUGGUGAGGUCAUAGACGGAACCCAUAUUCCUAUCUUGGCACUGGAGCACCAAGCCGCCGAGUACAUAAACCACAAGGGGUACUUUUCAAUAGUGCUGCAAGCUCUGAUGGAUCACAAGGGACGUUUCACCAUCAACGUGGGAUGGCCGGGAAAGGUACAUGACGCUCGCAUCUUCAGGAACUCUGGUCUGUUUCAAAAGCUGCAGGAAGGGACUUUAUUCCCAGACCAGAAAAUAAUUGUUGGGGAUGUUGAAAUGCCUAUAGUUAUCCUUGGGGACCCAGCCUACCCCUUAAUGCCAUGGCUUAUGAAGCCAUACACAGGCAGCCUGGACAGUCGUCAGGAGCUGUUCAACUACAGGCUGAGCAAGUGCAGAAUGGUGGUAGAAUGUGCAUUUGGAUGUUUAAAGGCACGCUGGCGCAGUUUACUGACUCGCUUAGACCUCAGCGAAACCAAUAUUCCCACUGUUAUUACUGCUUGCUGUGUACUCCACAAUAUCUGUGAGAGUAAGGGGGAGUCGUUUAUGGCGAGGUGGGAGGUUGAGGCAAAUCGCCUGGCUGCUGGUUAUGCUCAGCCAGACACCAGGGCGGUUAGAAGAGCACAGGAGGGCGCGGUACGCAUCAGAGAAGCUUUGAAAACCAGUUUCAUGACUGGCCAGGCUACGGUGUGAAAGUUCUCUUUGUUUCUCCUUGAUGAAACCCCCCGCCCCUUGGUUCACUCUACUUCCCUGUAAGCUAACCACCCUCCCCUCCUCCCUUCUAUCACCGCUUGC